AAAUCGAGCCGGAGGUGGAUGCGUUCCUGCGGGAGCUGCGGGAGAGGGUGCACAUCGGCGUGGUGGGAGGCUCCGACUACGCCAAGAUCGCCGAGCAGCUGGGGGACGGGGAUGAAGUCAUCGAUAAGUUUGACUACGUCUUCGCAGAGAACGGCACGGUGCAAUACAAACACGGGCAGCUGGUCUCCAAGCAGGCCAUUCAGGACCACCUGGGGGAAGAGCUGCUGCAGGAUCUAAUCAACUUCUGUCUCAACUACAUGGCACUGCUGAAGCUGCCCAAGAAACGAGGAACCUUCAUUGAGUUUCGCAACGGGAUGCUGAACAUCUCCCCCAUCGGACGGAGCUGCACGCCGGAGGAGCGAAUCGAGUUCUCCGAGCUGGACAAGAAAGAGCGGAUCCGGGAGAAAUUUGUGGCAGCCUUGCAGAGGGAGUUUGCUGGCAAAGGCCUGCGUUUCUCUCGAGGUGGCAUGAUCAGCUUUGACGUCUUCCCGGAGGGCUGGGACAAGCGCUACUGCCUCAACGUGCUCGACGACGAGAGAUUUGAUACCAUCCACUUCUUUGGGAACGAGACGACCCCUGGAGGGAACGAUUAUGAAAUCUAUGACGAUCCCCGCACGGUGGGGCACAGCGUCCAGUCCCCCCAGGACACGGUUCAGCGCUGCCGCAAAAUCUUCUUCCCAGAGAGAGCGAACGAGUGCUGACUGCCAGCUCCCCGCAGCCCUGCCCCGGCCCCCUGCCAGGAAAAGCACCUUCGCUGGAGAAACCUGCUCAGGGUAGACUGAAAAA